AUCAUCAGUUAUUCGUCAAAAAAGACUAGAAAAUCAUUGAAGUACAGAAAAUGACUUGGAUAUGGACACUUCUGCUGCUGGGACUCGUAACGGCUCAAGGACCAUCUGAAGAAAUUGCCGAAAUCGAUGCAGAAGUUACAAAGAAACUAAAAAGUUUUUUGGAAAACUUCACCGGUUACUGGAAGGAUAACACCGAGUUUCUCAACUGGAUUGCAAAAAUCCGUUUGGCAUUAAAUAAUAAUAGCACCGAUCUAGCGUAUAAAUUUGAGUUAAGAUAUGGCUUUGAAAGUUACAAUAAGGAACGUUUGGUUUUGGAGCAACAGAUCUUGGAUCGCGUCGAGGAUUUGGAUAGCAUUAUUCCCCAUCAGAAACAUGCAAAAUGCUUGAAUUUCUAUGUAGACCAAAGAAACGCUCUCAAAACGGCUCUUAAGCAAUCCAAUUCGAAGAAAAUCGAAAGGUUUGCUGAAAACUCGCCAUCUUGUCCAUACUAUUAUUUUGAUGCCAACGAAUUUCGAAAUAAUUUAACCAAUGAGCCGCAAGGCAUUAAUAACUCCAUAUAAAAAUCACAUAUUGAUUAUUAUUCAUUAUCUCACAUAUUGGUGAUUGAAUAUAUUUUGCGCAGAU